AUGUUCGGCUGCGCCUUCCCAUUACGGGACCCGUCCCUGCUCCUGGCCAUCACUGUCAUUGGCCUGACCGUGGUCAUGGUGGCCCUGAAGACCAGGAACUCAAGGAGAAGAAAGCUGAUCACCUUGCAGGAUCCUGAAGCCAAGUACCCUCUGCCCUUGAUUGAGAAAGAGGAAAUCAGCCACAAUACCCGGAGGUUUCGCUUCGGACUGCCCUCGGCGGACCAUUUCUUAGGGCUGCCUGUAGGGAACCAUGUCCAUCUCUUGGCCCAAAUUAAUGAUGAUCUGGUGAUCAGGCCUUAUACCCCGGUCUCCAGUGAUGAGGACAGAGGCUUUGUGGACUUCAUUAUAAAGAUCUACUUCAAAAAUGUACACCCCCAGUAUCCUGAAGGGGGGAAGAUGACCCAAUACUUGGAGAACAUGGAUAUAGGGGACACCGUCCUCUUCCGUGGGCCAACUGGGUGCCUGUUCUACCAUGGUCUAGGGAGGCUUGCAAUCAGACCAGACAAAAAAAGUGAGCCUGAAAGAAAAUGUGUCAGUCACCUGGGAAUGAUUGCUGGGGGCACAGGGAUUACACCCAUGCUGCAGCUCAUCCGCCAUAUCACCAAGAACCCCAAGGACAAGACCAAGAUGUCCCUCCUCUUUGCCAACCAGUCAGAGGAGGAUAUCUUGUUGAGAAGGGAGCUUGAAGAAAUUGCCAUAACAUACUCAGAUCAGUUCAAGCUGUGGUACACCCUGGACAGGCCUCCCAUUGGCUGGAAGUACAGCAUCGGCUUUAUUACUGCCGACAUGAUCAAGGAUCACCUGCCUCCUCCUGGGAAGUCCACGCUCAUCUUGGUGUGCGGCCCACCUGCCCUGAUCCAGAUCGCUGCUCACCCUAACUUGGAGAAACUGGGCUAUCCCAAGAACAUGAUUUUCACCUACUAACACACCCCAUGCUUUUAACAAAUUGCCUGGCCCCCUUUAUCUGCUUCAAAGUGAGUUUCGUAUACCAUGUGGAACUGUGGUGUUUACAAAAGGGCCACUUAAUGUAACCUUGCACAUGUACACUGCUACCCCUCCCUCUUUUGUGUGUGGUCCUAAGGAGGAGGGCUCAAGGGCUGGGGACAAAGUGGCUUCUGUGGAGCCUUCCUUGGGGAGGCCUGGAGGGGAGUAUCUUUUUCAGGGGUUCG